CGCACGUACACACACCACCAGCUCGUACAUCUUUAUAUGCUUUGGAAUCUAUUUUUUUCUCUCUCCUCUCCUUUUUCAUAAUUAGUCUUAAAACAUCUAGCAAGAAUUUCAAUCAGACAUAAUUAAUUUCUGUUCAAAACCAACACAUCUUUGUAUACAUUUAUUCUGUAUAUUACUUUCUCUAAUGCACUCUGGGUUCAUUUUUCGUUUUAUCUUUUUCUUCAUUGUUUCCUCAUGAACUGCUUUUUUUUUCUAACUGGUGUGAUGGUGUAAUGGCUUUGGUUUCUGCAGAUACCAGAAUUGCUGAGCUCUUGACUGAGCUUCAUCAGCUGAUAAAGCAAACUCAGGAGGAACGCUCACGCAGUGAACACAACCUGCUCAACAUACAGAAGACACAUGAAAGGAUGCAGACAGAAAACAAGACCUCUCCAUACUAUCGGACAAAGCUCCGGGGACUGUACACGACAGCGAAGGCAGAUGCGGAAGCUGAGUGCAGCAUACUACGACAUGCACUUGACAAGAUUGCAGAAAUUAAAUCUUUACUAGAGGAGAGACGUAUUGCUGCGAGGAUGGCAGGGGUGUAUAAUGACAGUGAUCCACCCAGAAAGACCAUGCGGAGAGGUGUACUGAUGACCCUGCUUCAGCAGUCUGCCAUGACGCUUCCCCUUUGGAUUGGCAAGCCAGGUGAAAGUCCACCUCCUCUGUGUGGAGCAAUACCCGCAAGCAGUGACUAUGUGGCCAAGCAGGGGGAUAAAGUGGCAGCUCGGGUGAAGGCUGUAGAUGGAGAUGAGCAGUGGAUCCUGGCCGAGGUGGUCAGCUACAGCCACUCCACCAACAAGUAUGAAGUAGAUGACAUUGACGAGGAAGGAAAAGAGAGGCACACGCUGAGUCGCAGAAGGAUCAUCCCACUGCCGCAGUGGAAGGCCAACCCUGAGACGGACCCGGAGGCCCUGUUCAGCAAAGACCAGCUGGUGUUGGCCCUCUACCCACAGACCACCUGCUUCUACAGAGCCCUGAUUCAUACCCCCCCACCACGGCCCCAGGACGACUAUUCAGUGCUGUUUGAAGACACCUCUUAUGCAGAUGGUUACUCGCCGCCUCUCAACGUAGCCCAGAGAUACGUCGUGGCCUGCAAAGAGAACAAGAAGAAAUAAGCAGGUGGAACAAGUGAACAAAGGCCUUGUAUCCCUAACUGUUCUCUGAGUAUGAAUGUUGAUCUAGCAUCAGACCGUUAAUGGACUUACCUGUCAUGGGCUUGUUCACAGUGUACUCUUCAUUUAUAUUUACAAAAGACUUUUGUAUGAGGAUUUUAAUGUCAAUAGUAAAUUACCCCCUUUUUGUGUUAAAUCAGGACUUCAUUCAUCAUUAUACAUCGCCUUGAUAGCAGGUUUACUCUGCAGUGUCAGGUCAUGCACAUCUUUUUUGCAUGAUGUUCCCGUGUGGGUGAAUUGUUUAAAAUGUGAAAAUAAACACAUUCCAGGA